CAGGCUUUCCUGCGCAGCUGGACUUGUUGAUGCAGUAAACACGCAUUCAUACUUUACAAGGACCAUGAAAGCGUUUUCCAAAUGGGACCUCCCUGGCUACGUUAGGAAACAGGGAGAUUGCCUGGGUCAUGACAUAAAGAUAUCAUAUUGUAGAUUGGAAAGUCAUUCAAAAGUACUUCUUCGAACAGCAUAUACUUGUUCCCAGCACAGCAACUGCGUUAGUUUGCUGGUGAUAAUUUCUACAACAGCUUGUGAGACCUAUAUCAAAUACUCCGACUGCAACAUGGAAUUGGCAGACGCACAGGGAAAAUAUGUCUACUUCCGAGUUGGGACAAAGGCCGAGUGGAAAAUUGAUAACUACGAUCACUACUACGGUUAUUGCAGCGGGGACCGUAUAAAGGAGUUGGAUGGCAAAAAAGUAACUGAAUGUGCCGCAGAGUGUUUGAAGGAAAGUGAAUGUUUUCGUAUUGAUAUACGAGGUUACCACCCAGCGGCUAGCAGAAAAUGCGGACUGUUCAAGAGAUGCAACGGAACAUUUGUGGGCACCGAUCAAUUGGAUGUUCACUCGUUCUUCAAGAGGAGUCAAGAUAUAUCUCCGGAAAUGCCUCAUUUCGUUUACCUUCCCGGGAAUUGCCCUGGUAACAGUAUUGGUGUCAAGCGAAAAAUCAACCUUAGAACAUGCGCAGAACUGUGUGAAAGAAGAGCAAAUUGCAUAAGUUUCCUUUCCAAUAGUACGGCUGAACUUGUUGGCGAUUGUUACAUUAAAUCUAAAAGGUGCUCCAGAGAAAAGGCAUCAAAGGCAAAUUGGACUCAAAGUCACUGGCACUAUUACCAAAUGCCUGCUGACUUGUUUGAUUGGACAUUAGAAGGCUACAACCACUCACGAGGUGUUUGUCGAUCAGCGACCCCUAUAGGGAGGAUCUCGGGCCAAGCCCUGACGUCAUGUGGGAAGCACUGCACGGAUACAGAUGGCUGCAAGUCGUUCCUGUUCCUUGGGCGACAUCGCGUAUCUACUGAAGGAUGUGUCCUGUACAACACAACCUGCUCUAAGGGAGAGUGGGAUAAAGAUGUCACCAUAGAUGGAGUUACUGUCUAUUCGUUUGUUAAUGACACUUUCACGUCAGAUUUGGGUGGCAGCACCACUGAUGAAAGUACUCCUACAAUGUCAACAACCACAGAAACUACAGGUGAUACAGUUGUUUAUACAACAACGCCAUUACUAGAAACUCCAACAACCAGCAGUGGCGGUUCCGUUGUUACAACGACGACGACGACCUCCGAUCCUGACACUACGGCCGCCACAACUCCCGCCACAACUCCCGCCACAACUCCCGCCACAACUGUCGGUAGUGGUACUACGACUGUUUCGACAGCUUCACCUAAUGCCAGUACUGACGCCUCAACUACCCAAGCCGCUGGGACUGCUACUACCGCAACAACUUCAACCUUUGUGACAGCUCAUGUAUCUUGGACAGCAUCAGGAGCCUUCGGCGUGGAAGAGCCCUCCAUCUCACUGUGAUCAUGAAGAUAUGGGCCAACCAUAUCUACGGCAUGCCCAAUGUCGGCUACCAUCCACCCAUAGGCUUCCCAUCCUCUUCUGAAUAUCAGAAUCAAUUGAGUUCAAGUGUUCAACAAAUUCAGUGGAGUGCGCCUUCAUUUGCUUAGUAUUGGUGUCGUCCGUAACUGAAACACCGCUGUGGAGAGGGCUUUUUGUUCAAAGAAAGCUGUGCAGAUUAGAACUAGGACUAUGAAUAUAUGCAGAUUAGGACCAGGACUAUGAAGCUAUGCAGAUUAGGACCAGGACUAUGAAGCUAUGCAGAUUAGGACUCUCAAACCCUCACCCAACAGGGACGGGGGCGGUACCAACUUUCGGAAAUCUUGGACAAUCUAAUUUCGGACAGAAUAGCCGUCACUCUGAUGAAGGCUCUGGACAGUCGAAAGCUUCGGCGUGUUCCUAAACUCUUUAUGCAGUAAAAUGAAGUUUUAAAGCGCUGGAUUAGCGAAGUUUGGCAUGCAUUCGUUUUAUGAUAACGUUUAAGUUUUCGGCCGUCUUGAAAUCUUUAAACAAAUAUAUAACGUCUCAACAUAGAUUUGACAAUCUGAUUUGAAAGAGUUCUGUAGCUAGCACAAACUUGUCUGCACUAUCAGAAUGCAGUUGACGCCUACGUCACGGAAGACAACGAUGAAACGGAAACGCGAGACGAAACGUCAACUUGCAAAACCUCACUACUGUAAAGAACAUACGUUUGUAUCAUC